AUCUCCAGGGCAACCAAGCAGCAGCUGUACUACACAACCCUUCCAGCUCCUAUCAGUUGCACCAGCCGGUCAUAGGCAUCAAUGGCCUCCACCAACAGCUGGACCCUUGAGUUCGAGUCGCCGGUGGCAGCGCCACGCCUCUUUCGCGCAGCCGUACUGGACUGGCACACCUUGGCACCCAAGCUCGCACCCCACAUCGUCGCCAGCGCCCACCCCGUUGAGGGAGAAGGCAACAUCGGCAGCGUGAGGCAGUUCAACUUCACCUCAGCCAUGCCCUUUAGCCUCAUGAAGGAGAAGCUCGAGUUCCUGGACGAGAACAAGUGCGAGUGCAAGUCGACCCUCAUCGAGGGUGGCGGCAUUGGCACGGCGAUUGAGACAGCCACGUCGCACAUCAAGGUGGAGCCAACGGCCAGUGGUGGGAGUGUUGUGAAGGUGGAAUCGACUUACAAGCUACUUCCGGGCGUGGAGGUGAAGGACGAGAUCACCAAAGCCAAGGACUCCGUCACUGCCAUAUUCAAGGGCGCCGAGGCCUACCUCAUCGCCAACCCGGAUGCCUACAUAUAAAUCAAUUCAUCACUAGGCGGAAAUUCAUUCGGUAAUACAUUGUUCCUAUAUUGUGCGUGUGUUUUUCUUUCCGUCCAAAUAAAUCUGCUCCCAGUGACGACGAGAGAGCACCAGGCAGGCGGUAUGUGUGGAAUCGGGACAUUUUAAUUUGAGUCGUGAGCAUAUGAGACUUGAGAGUGUCUAUUUGUAUUUUGUUGUCGUUGUGAACUCAGAUUUGCUCCUUGGUUUUUAAAGCAAAUACUAGUUUUUCAUGUAGUCUCAGUUUAGGAACAUGAAGUUUGUGUCUAUUCUGG